ACCUCUUUCCGUAAGAACCUCGGCCCUAUAUAAACAGGGUGUGCUAGAAGGCUGCAGAGGAAGGGGCACUAGCACUGCUCAAAGUUCAUCCAGUCUCCAAGCAUCGUCAGCUAUGGCGCUUGCAAGUUUUUUGCUUCGCGGAGCUGUUGGCUGCUAGAACUUCUGUUGUUGCCUGGAAAUCUGCUUUGGACCCCUGCACUUUUACUGCCUUCACAGAGAUGCCUUCUGAACAAGCCAGAGUCCACCCAGUGGUGCAAAUGCUUAUUGAUUUCACUGCAGGGGCUGCUGGAGGUGUAGCCUGUGUGGUGAGCGGGCAGCCCUUUGACACCAUCAAGGUGAAGAUGCAGACCUUUCCAGCCAUGUACCGGGGCUUCUUCGACUGCUCAGUCAAGACCUACCAGCAGGAGGGCAUGUAUGGUCUCUACCAGGGCACCACCCCAGCGUUACUGGCCAACAUUGCUGAGAAUGCGGUGCUGUUUGCCUGCUAUGGGUUUUGCCAGCAGUUGGUGAGGCAGCUCUUUGGACUUGGCAACAUUGUGGAGCUCAGCGACUUGCACAGGGCAAUUGCUGGCUCCUUCUCCUCCGUCUUCUCCUCCAUGGUUCUAUGCCCCACAGAGUUAGUGAAGUGCCGGAUGCAAGCUCUCCAUGAGAUGAAAGUUACAGGACAGACAGCUCUUUCACAGCGCAGCUCCACAUGGACUGUGAUGAAAGCCAUCUUCCAAUCGGAGGGCCCCUUAGGUUUCUUCCAAGGCCUGACCAGUACAUGGCUGCGGGAGGUGCCUGGCUAUUUCUUCUUCUUUGGGGGUUACGAAGUCAGUCGAAGCUUCUUUCUCCAGGCUGGACAGUCAAAAGAGGAGUUGGGAGCUCUUCCUGUCACAGUGAGUGGUGGAAUUGGUGGUGCCGCCUUCUGGCUGGCUGUCUAUCCCAUUGAUUCAGUGAAAUCUCGGAUUCAGGUGCUGUCUAUGGCUGGGCGGCAAAAUGGCUUUCUGCUUUCUUUCCUGCACAUCUUACGGACUGAAGGCGUGAUGGCUCUUUAUUGUGGGCUCAUGCCCACAGUGAUCCGAGCACUGCCUUCCAAUGGUGCCCUCUUCCUUGCCUAUGAAAUGACCCAGAAAAAGCUGACCAGCCUGAGUGAAAGGACAACCUGACAGCAGUGUCUGGUCCUGGAGCAAAGGACUCAUGUGCAAGAUGGAGCAGCACUUGAACUUCCCUCUUUUUAAUGGGACUGCUUACAGCCAAGCCCACUCAAAAGGUUCUUAGAGGACAUGCCAGGCCUGAGAGAGAGAGCAGGCCUUUUUGGAUUUCAGGGUGUCUGUCGGUGGGGUGGAAGCAGGAGAAAAAGACCAGAGUCCUCCUCUCUUGGCACAUGUCCUGAAGACCUGCAGUGACAAAGGCCAUUUCCCCCCUAAGAACAGCAGGACUUACCGGGGGAGGUAUGUGAUGGGAAAUGACCAAAGGCAUCCUUCUCCCAUUGCCUUCCCAACCUCCGUGUCAUGCGGGGAAUUAUUUUGAAAGAGUCUAUCUUCUUUUUUUUAGUACAAUAAAAAUGUGUGUCUCAGCCACUUCUGGUUCAUAUGUAAUAUUUCUGUGCCACUGGCAGAAUGAGGCCCUGUGAGUUGGGGACUAG